AGUUUGCAAAAGCCAGAGGUGCAAGAAGCAGCAGCAGCAGCAGCAGCAGCAGUAGCAGCAGCAACAGCAGCAGCAGCCGCCUGCCAGCCACACACACACACACACACACACACACACACACACACACAAAUUCUUCCUCAAAUCCUCACCUAAGCUUUCAGUAUAUCCAGAUCCACAUCUUCACUCAAGCCGGGAGAGGGAAAGAGGAAAGUGGGGGGGGAGGAAAAAAAAGCCAACAACUUAGCGGAAACUUCUCAGAGAAUGCUCCAAAACUCAGCAGUGAUUCUGGCGCUGGUCAUCAGUGCAGCUGCAGCGCACGAGGCGGAACAGAAUGAUUCUGUGAGCCCCAGAAAAUCCCGGGUGGCGGCUCAAAAUUCAGCUGAAGUGGUUCGCUGCCUCAACAGUGCCCUGCAGGUUGGCUGUGGGGCUUUUGCAUGCCUGGAAAACUCCACAUGUGACACAGAUGGGAUGUACGACAUUUGUAAAUCCUUCUUGUACAGUGCUGCUAAAUUUGACACUCAGGGAAAAGCAUUUGUCAAAGAGAGCUUAAAGUGCAUCGCCAAUGGGAUCACCUCCAAGGUAUUCCUUGCCAUUCGGAGGUGUUCGACUUUCCAGAGGAUGAUCGCCGAGGUGCAGGAGGACUGCUACAGCAAGCUCAACGUUUGCAGCAUCGCCAAGCGCAACCCGGAAGCCAUCACUGAAGUCAUACAGCUGCCCAAUCACUUCUCCAACAGAUACUACAACAGACUUGUCCGAAGCCUUCUGGAAUGUGAUGAAGACACGGUCAGCACAAUCAGAGACAGCCUGAUGGAGAAGAUCGGGCCCAACAUGGCCAGCCUCUUCCACAUCCUGCAGACAGACCACUGUGCCCAGACACACCCCAGAGCUGACUUCAAUAGGAGGCGCACAAAUGAGCCACAGAAGCUGAAAGUCCUCCUCAGGAACCUCCGAGGUGAGGGGGACUCUCCCUCACACAUCAAACGCACCUCCCAAGAGAGUGCGUAAGCAGGGAGAGGUAUUCACAGCCUCACCAAACUAAUAGCAUUUUAGGGGUGUUGACACACCAACUUUGAGUGUACUGUGCCUGGUUUGAUUUUUUUUUUAAGUAGUACCUAUUUUCUAUCCCCCCGUUAAAGAAAAAUUGCAUGAAACUAGGCUUCCAUAAUCAAUAUCCCAACAUUCUGCAAUGACAGCAUUCUUACCAACAGAAUACAUGUGUGGUCAUUCUGCCUCUCCUCAAGAGAGAAUGUACCCUCUUCCAUUCCCCCCUCUCUCUGAAUUCUUUUCCCAGAUCCCUAUCUACUCUCCGCAAACACAAACCAUUCAUGUAAACUACCCAGUCAUUGUAAUCUGAAAAUGUAGAUCCCUUUAGAAUGGUCACCUGGUAGAGUUAGCCAAUACAAAACAACUUUAUUUAAAUGCAUGUCUUAAAUGCUCAUAAAUAUGUUAAAUGGAAUUCGUGUUAUGAAUCUGUGCUGGCCAUGGACGAAUAUGAAUGUCAUGUUUGAAUUCUUGAUCUCUAACGAGUCUUAUGGUCUCUAUCCUCCAAUGUCUAAUUUCCUUUCUGACAUAUUUACCAAAUUGCUCAAACCUGGUUCUCCAACCAGACUUUGAGCCAGCAUCUUCUUGCAUCUAAUGAAAAACAAAAAGCUAACAUCUUUAUGUACUGUAACUGCUCAGAGCUUUAAAAGUAUCUUUAACAAUUGUCUUAAAAAAAAACGGAGAAUCUUAAGGUCUAACUGUGGAAUAUAAAUAGCUGAAAACUAUUGUACUGUACAUAAAUUCCAGAGGACUCUGCUUAACAGAGCAGUCUAUAAUAACUUUAUUGCAUAUAGAUUUAGUUUUGUACCUUAGCUUUAUUUUCCUUUUCCUGGGAAUGGAAUAACUAUCUCACUUCCAGAUAUCCACAUUCACGCUCCUUGUGGCCUUUUUUAUAACUAAGGGGGUAGAAGUAGUUUUAACUCAACAUCAGAACUUAAGAUGGGCCUAUACUUGAUAGGAAAACCCAACAGGUUAUCUGAAGGACCCCAGGUAAGACGUUAAUCUCCCAGCCCACCUCAACCCAGAGGCUACGUUUGACUUAGAUGUAUCCUGAAACAGCUCUGUCACAUCCAACUGGGAAUAACAAGAAUCAAAAAGAUCAUCCCUUUGGGCUUGGACCACUUAGUGUGACAAGGCCUACUAUCCCCUUGGAAGUGGCAGUUCUUGGCUCAUCGCCUUCCAUCAGUGCCUGGCACGCUGGUAAAUGAUGGAGUGGGAUAUUGUUCCACUAAGCCAAUCAGGAAUGAGUCAAUCAGCCUUUGGGUCUUUAGUCCGGGGAACUUGGGCUUAAGGGGGUAUGAAUAACCCUGGGCUGUCCAGCCUUAAUAGACUCCUCUUACAUCUUUUGUCCUGUAACAUGCUGCCUGCCAAAGUAGUCCUGGCAGCUGGACCAUCUCUGUAGGAUCUUUAAAAAAAAAAAAAGAAAAAAGAAAAAAAAAGAAAAAAUAUAGAGAGAAUGAAGGAGGGCAUAAGCGCUGGUGGUUUGAUCAUUUCUGCUGUGAUGUUUACAGGAUGGUAGCCACCAAAGCCAAAUGAUUAACCUGUCUACGAACAACAGUAGUUUCUCAGGGUCAUUGUCCUUGAACCCAACAGCCCCAAUUAUGAGUGUCACUGCUCACCAAAGGUCAAUGCUGAGAGAGGAAGAGGGAGGGGCUGCUCCAAACUCAUUUGGGUAGAAACUAUUGGUGCUUGACUCUCACUAGGCUACACCCCAGAGUUGACCAAAUUGAGUGAUAGGGACCCUGGUGGGAGGAGGGAGGGCACCUCUCCAGGGAAAUCAAAAGCAAUACAACUUUACCACAAAGCCUUUAAAACCAGUAACAUAGUGCUCAAGGACCAAGAUCAAGCGUAGCAGCUGCAGCUGCAGCGGCCCCAAGGCUGCAUGCAGCCUCUAUCCCCACACAGCCUCGAAGCGCGCUGACAUCAGAUUGUUAAGGGCAUUUUCAUACUUAGAACUGUCCCAUCCCCAGGUCCCAAACAAAUGGACACUGCCUUAGCCUCUUGGAAAUCAGGUAGCACAUAUUCUAAGCUAGAGUCACCCCUCUCCCCCACCCCUAACUUCCCACCCCAGGCAAGGCUGACUUCUUUGAACCAGAAAAGCUAGUCAAGUGUGUGUGUUGUGCAUUUUUGCAAACCCACUAAGCCAGAACCCCAAAGUGGCAAGUAGCUUAUGAGAAUUCCUAGUAAAAUUCUCUUAAGUUCAGUAAAUUUUCUUUCUCUCUUUUCUCUUUUUUUUUUAUUUUUUUUAUUUUUGCUGUGACCUUUUCAAUCUGUGAUAUACCCUCCUUUCUCCCCACAGUGAUAUUGGUAUAUGUACCAACAAUGCACAUAUCUACACAUAUGAAAAGAAGCAGUUCUCACAAUGUUGCUGGGUUUUUGUUUUGUUUUGUUUUGUUUUGUUUUGUUUUGUUUGGGUUUUUUUUUUUUUGGUUUUUUUGCUUCUUUUUUCCCCUCCCCCUGGCCCUCUCCACCCCCUUCUUGAACUUCCAAAGCUUUGUCUCGUGUUUGCUGCAGAGCGAUUCGGGGACUGACCUAGACCAGUUUGCAUGAUCUCCUCUCUUGUGAUUUGGUUGCACUUUAGAACAUUUUUGUGCCGUAUUAUUUGCAUUAUGUAUUUAUAAUUUAAAUGAUAUUUAGGUUUUUUGGCUGAGUACUGGAAUAAACAGUGAGCAUAUCUGGUAUAUGUCAUUAUUUAUUGUUAAAUUACAUUUUUAAGCUCCAUGUGCAUAUAAAAGUUAUGAAACAUAUCAUGGUAAUGACAGAUGCAAGUUAUUUUAUUUGCUUAUUUUUAUAAUUAAAGAUGCCAUAGCAUAAUCUGAAGCCUUUGGUGAAUUCCUUCUACGAUAAUAAUAAUAAUAAUAAAGUGUUAACGUUUUAUU